AUGAGAGUAGGAGAUAUGAAUUCAAAGUACUUUCACGCUCAAACUAAAUGUAGGCGUGCAAGGAAUCGGAUAGUGGGCUUGUUUAAUACUCAAGAUAUCUGGUGUUCGGAGGACAAAGAUAUCUAUGGAAUCGCAACGGACUAUUUUAAUGAGUUAUUCUCGACCAGUAAUCCGUCUGCGUUUGAGGAGGCUUUAGGCGGAAUACAGACCUUGAUUUCGGAAGAGGAAAAUAGAUCUCUUACGCAGGCAGUGACGGAGAAGGAAAUUAAAGAUGCUCUUUUUAUGAUGAACCCGGAAAAGGCUCCAGGGCCGGAUGGUAUGACAGCAUUAUUUUUUCAACAAGCUUGGGGGGUGGUAAAGGAGGAUUUAGUGUUUGUAGUAAACUCUUUCUUUCAAGACGGGGUUUUUGAUAAACGGUUGAACAGGACAAAUAUUUGUCUAAUUCCAAAAGUGGAGAGACCAACCCGAAUGGCGGAAUUCAGACCGAUAAGUUUGUGUAAUGUGAGCUACAAGGUUAUAUCAAAAGUUCUUUGUCAACGGUUAAAACAGGUGCUACCGGGUCUUAUUUCGGAAACACAAUCGGCAUUUGUCCCAGGCAGACUAAUAUCCGAUAAUAUUUUGAUUGCUCAGGAGAUGUUUCACGGGCUUCGAACAAAUCAGGCAUGUAAAAACAAGUUUAUGGCUAUUAAGACAGAUAUGAGUAAGGCGUACGAUAGAGUCGAAUGGGAAUUUGUAGAGAGGUUAUUACGCAAGUUUGGCUUCUCAGAGAAAUGGAUUUCAUGGGUCAUGUUUUGUGUGUCUUCGGUGGAAUACAAUGUGUUAAUUAAUGGACAACCUCAGGGAUCCAUAAUUCCGGAACGAGGUUUACGGCAGGGUGACCCGUUAUCUCCAUAUAUAUUCAUUUUGUGUACAGAAGUAUUAAUUGCAAAUAUUCGGAGAGCGGAAGGGGCGAAACAAAUUUCGGGUAUUAAGGUGGCAAACAAAAGCCCGCCAAUCUCUCAUUUAUUAUUUGCUGAUGACAGUCUUUUUUUCUGCAAAGCUAACAAAGAGCAGGGUGCUGUUAUUCUGGAUAUUUUAAAAAGGUAUGAAUUGGUGUCUGGCCAACAAAUAAACUUUGCAAAGUCCUCAAUACAGUUUGGUCACAAGGUGGAUGAAGUUACCAAAACGGAGAUUCAGGGGGUACUAGGUAUAACAACCAUGGGGGGAAUGGGAACUUAUCUCGGGCUCCCAGAGAGCAUUGGUGGCCCAAAAACCAAAGUUUUUUCAUUUGUUCAGGAUAGACUUAAUAACCAUAUUAGUGGUUGGUCGGCGAAAUUACUGUCGAAGGGAGGUAAAGAGGUGAUGAUUAAAGCAGUGGCAUCUGCAUUGCCAACAUAUGUGAUGUCCUGCUUCCGGUUACCCAAAUCGGUUACAACUAAGCUUACUAGUGCUGUGGCGAAUUUUUGGUGGGGAUCAAAUGGAGGUGCUGGGGGAAUGCAUUGGUGGGCUUGGGCAAAAUUGUGUGACAGUAAACAGCUGGGCGGUCUGGGGUUCCGGGAUGUUCAAGAUUUUAAUUCGGCCCUUCUGGCGAAGCAGUUGUGGAGACUGAUGGAGUUCCCUGAUUCCCUAUUCGCAAAGGUUUUUAAAAGUCGGUACUAUCGGAAAUCUGACCCAAUGGCACAGAUUCGGACUUACUCUCCGUCUUAUGGUUGGCGGAGUAUUAUUUCAGCUAGAUCUCUGGUGCAAAAAGGACUUAUUAAAAGGGUUGGGUCAGGAGAGGCCAUAUCGAUAUGGACUGAUCCUUGGAUUCCAGCUCAAUUCCCGAGACCAGCUUCAAGUAUUGGGCCGUUUAAGGACCCAACACUUCUUCUAACUCAAUUUAUCGAUCGACAACGAAACAUGUGGCGUAUGGAGUUACUCAAACAGUUCUUUGAUCCGUCAGAUGUUUCUUUAAUUAAUGCGAUUCCUGUGGGUAAUUAUGCAGAGAAGGAUGCAUUAGGAUGGCACUUUACAAAACAUGGAAAGUAUACGGUUAAGUCAGGAUAUCAUACAGCAAGGUUGGUGACCUCGGAGGGCUUUAAGCCUGUGGUUUGUGGUCCUCUACUCACACCUUUGUUUGCUAAGAUUUGGAAAGUACGUUGCCCACGUAAAAUUCAACAUUUUAUGUGGCAACUGUUAUCUGGUUGCAUUUCGGUGGCAGCUAAUCUCCGAAGGCGAGGGAUCAACAUUGACCCUAGCUGUUCGAGGUGUGGUUCCCCGCUGGAAACGGUGAACCACGCUAUUUUCGAGUGCCCGCCGGCUCGUCAGUCGUGGGCUCUUGCCAACAUUUCUACGGGCCCAAAUUUUUUUCCGACGGAAUCUGUGUACGCUAAUAUGGCAUAUUUGUUAGAGCCUGACAUUCAGAAUAGUGGGGAUGGAAGUUUCCCAUGGAUCUUAUGGUAUAUCUGGAAAGCUAGAAAUACAAAGGUUUUUGAAAAUAUGGAUGACUGUCCAGCGGAUGUUAUUAAGUUGGCAAAGGAUGAGGCGACGACCUGGCAACGGGCACAACUGGAAGGUCUGGGUCAGGGGACAGGUAAUGGGGUUGGGGGUCUGCGGAAUUUGGGGGAAACUAGAGUCUUAAACAUUGACGUUGACGGGACCUGUUGUUUUGUUGAUGGUUCCUGGAAGAAUACGGAUCCGUAUGCGGGGUUGGGAUGGUAUUGCCCGCAAACACAAGAUGUACCGACAACUAUGGGAGCACAGACAAUCCGACGAAGUAUGUCUCCUCUACAUGCUGAAGUCGAAGCACUUGUAUGGGCGAUGCGUUGCAUGAUUGGACAUAACUUCACGGAGGUGAAGUUCUACACAGACUGUUCCGAUUUGGUGAAGAUGGUGUCUUCUCCGUGUGAAUGGCCGGUGUUCUCUGCUUACUUGGCAGAUAUUCAAGUUGAUAGGGAAGAAUUCGAGUCUUUUUCUUUGUCUCUUAUUUCUAGAAAUGCAAAUGUAAAAGCGGAUAGUUUGGCACGACGAGCUCGUGUUAACCCGCAUAUCGCUAAAUUUGUAAACAAUGUUCCGUCUGAUUGGCUCAUUUGA